AUGCUUGAUCAAUCGACUGCAGGUGCAUGCGACGAUGAGCUCCUUGAGAUGAUAAGCGCCGGCGACCAUGGGAACGACCGCCGGAAGUUCGAGCCGGCGGCGGCCGGCAACAAGGCCCUGCAGGCGGCUGCGGCGGCCUCGCGGCACUGGUCGGCGUCCACGGAGUCGCGGAUCGUGCGCGUGUCGCGCGUGUUCGGCGGCAAGGACCGCCACAGCAAGGUGAGGACCGUCAAGGGGCUGCGGGACCGCCGGGUGCGCCUCUCCGUGCCCACGGCCAUCCAGCUCUACGACCUCCAGGACCGCCUCGGCCUCAGCCAGCCCAGCAAGGUCGUCGACUGGCUCCUCAACGCCGCCCAGCACGAGAUCGACAAGCUGCCGCCGCUCCAAUUCCCGCCGCACGACGACGACCUCCUGCUCUCCGCCCACCACCACCACCAUCACCUGCAGCCGACCUCCUCCAUGACGUCCAUGGCCAUGGUGCCGCCGUUCUCGCACGCCACGGCAGCCGCGGCGUCCAUGAUGGUCGUCGACAGCGACAAGGCAGCGCAGGCCCACGACGGAGGCGGCGAUCUCAAGGGGUUCAUGAGCCUGAGCAACUCGCUCGGCCUGGUCAACGGUGCCGGAGCCUCCAUGCCGACGCUGGCUGCGGCCCAAGCCGGGUCGUACCACCACCACUACGCCGCUCAUGAGGCUUGGAGCAAUGGCGGCAACAAUGUCCAGGAGCAGCUGGGCGGCCAUCGCUCUUCGCCUCAUGUGGUGCCUCACCACGGCUUGCCGUUCCCGUCGCUGCUGUCCUUGGCCCCGGUGUCUCAGUUCGUCUUCUACACGCCGGAGGGCGGCUUCGCCAUGAAAGACGUCGCUUCCGAUGAUCAGUUCCCCGUAGACAACCUUGACGAUUCGCAAGGCCAGCUCUCGCUGAGCUCGCGGGGAGAAGCUUUCUUCACUCAGGAAGCCAGGGUUGAUCGAUGA